UUGACAAAAAUCUUUCAAAAAUACCAUUUUUAAAGAAUACACUGAAAUUUCAAAAUCCGUUUUUAAAAAUAAGUAGAUGAAAAAUACCGAUGGUGGUACUAUCGAUUGACAACUCUAUACAAGAUAAAAUCGAACUAAAUCGAUAACAUAGUCGGUAGUUUCAGGGCUGGUGAGAAUCCGGCUACCAGAUCAUCCGCACUCACCGGUUCACAUUUAAAUUCAAUUCAGAAAUUCAGAAAUAUUGAUCAAUUAUGGACAAGCCGGUGUACGCUCGAGUUGUGAAGGUCCUUGGCCGCACAGGAUCCCAGGGCCAAUGCACCCAAGUGAAGGUGGAGUUUCUCGGCGAGCAGAACCGCCAGAUCAUUCGCAACGUCAAAGGACCUGUUCGCGAGGGCGACAUCCUUUCGCUCUUGGAAUCCGAACGCGAGGCCAGGAGACUACGCUAAUGGCUGAACAUUAUUAAGAAGACAACAUACAAUUAAAAGUAUACCAAGUCAUGUUUAGUUCAUUUAUUGGGGUGCUGAAAUAAUCGUAUACUCAUAUCAAGAAAAUUAUAUAAAUUACAUGUAAAAUCAAAAAAGCAUUACAAGGCCACAAAUCCUAUCACCCUCAUUAUAAAGUUCAAGUUCCUUAUUGCCAAUAAAUAUGUAUGUAAAUACCAAUAUAUUUUAAAGCUUUUACAAUUUACAAUUUAAAAAGAGAAAAGAAAAUUUCGCCACUACACA